AUGGAGAAUGAAUACGGAGUUGCAGGUGGGAGGCUUGAGGAAUUCUGCCUGGGCUCAGCCUUGCAACAUUGGUUGCCUCCUGUGUACACCAUGUUGACUGAGGGCAUCUACCGAACCGAAAGGGAUAAAGGCACUUUGUAUGAGCUCACCUUCAAAGGGGACCACAGACAUGAAUUCAAACGACUUGUCUUGUUUCGGCCUUUUGGCCCUAUCAUGAAAGUGAAAAAAGAAAACCUCAACAUGGCCAACACGCUUAUCAACGUUAUCGUGCCCCUGGCAAAAAGGGUGGACAAGUUCCGGCAGUUCAUGCAGAAUUUCAGGGAGAUGUGCAUCCAGCAGGACGGGAGAAUUCAUCUCACCGUCGUUUACUUUGGGAAAGAAGAAAUGAAUGAAGUGAAAGGAAUACUUGAAAACACUUCCAAAGCAGCGAACUUCAGAAACUUCACCUUCAUCCAACUGAACGGAGAGUUUUCCCGGGGAAAGGGACUCGAUGUCGGAGCCCGCUUCUGGACAGGAAGCAAUGUCCUUCUGUUUUUCUGUGAUGUGGACAUCUACUUCACCUCUGAGUUCCUCAACACUUGCCGGUUAAACACACAGCCAGGGAAGAAGGUGUUUUAUCCAGUCCUCUUCAGCCAGUACAACCCUGGCAUCAUCUAUGGCCAUCAAGACGCAGUCCCUCCCCUGGAACAGCAGCUGGUCAUAAAGAAGGAGACUGGGUUUUGGAGGGACUUCGGAUUUGGUAUGACUUGUCAGUAUCGGUCAGACUUCAUCAACAUAGGUGGGUUUGACUUGGACAUCAAAGGCUGGGGUGGAGAGGACGUGCACCUGUACCGCAAGUAUCUCCACAGCAACCUCGUAGUGGUGCGGACGCCUGUGCGGGGACUUUUCCACCUCUGGCACGAGAAACGCUGUCUGGACGAGCUGACUGCAGAGCAGUAUAAGAUGUGCAUGCAAUCCAAGGCCAUGAAUGAGGCAUCCCACGGGCAGCUGGGAAUGCUGGUCUUCCGGCACGAGAUAGAGGCUCACCUUCGCAAGCAGAAACAGAAGACAAGCAGCAAGAAAACAUGAACGCCCAGGGAUGAAUCUGGGGAGCCAUUUCAUGUUUUUAAACUUCUGCAAUUACUGCAAAAGUGGUUGCAACGAGAAACAGAUUUCCAUAAAGGACAGAAGAGGAAUCUGACUGAUUAAAAGAGACCAGAGAGAGCCUCCAGUUUCUCUGUGUUUGGCUUUUUGCAAUGGGAAUGAAAAGCUCCACGUGGCUUACAAAUGUGGUCCAGAUGAACCCCAAGAAGUGUCUGACAAAGGCAGGAUGACUGGGAGGUGACAGACCUAAUAGUGUGGAGGUUUUGAUUGUGUUUACAACAAAAUGAGAUCUGUUGUUUAUGGUCACUGAAGAAUUCGUGAAUUAAGACCAGUUUUAUAAAAAGUUCAUCAGCACGAAAGGCGAGUACAUUUCUGUUCCUCUGAAUGAUUGUGUCAGUAGAGAGCUAAGCCUCCAGAAGUGCUAAAAUAUCAGAGGACAACAGAGGAGGCCUGUGAACACAGAGCUGUACUGUCAUGACCCUCAUGAGAAUUGUAAGCAAAAUCAAACAGACUGAAAACAAACCGUAAAUAUUGUGUCAUUUCCCCCCAAAUUAAUGCAAAGUAAUCUUCUCACCUUUUUGGUUGUCUU